AUGGCCCAACACAAUAUCCCACUUGAUACAGGUGAUGUUCUUCUUUAUAUCACAGCUUUUUUCUUUCCGCCAUUCCCAGUCAUUAUCAGAGUUGGGUUUUGGACAAAUCAACUGUUGUUAAACAUUUUGUUAACAAUCUUAUUUGGUUUACCUGGUACAUUACAUGCUCUAUAUAUCAUCUAUAUUACAAGUCCAAUCACUGGAUCUCAAGAUAGAAGAGUUGCUAACGGUGAUUAUGAAAGAAUUAUUGAAUCUGAAAGUUCACAUGGUAAUUCCAGUCCAAUUGUUCAAAACUUCCAACCACAAAAACCAAUCUCUGAACAAGAACCAGAACCAAAUGCUGCUAACUCUUCAGACCACAUCUUUGAUGCUGCUCCUCCACCAUAUGAACCAUCUCAAGGUGGUACUUUCCCAACUGAUAACAAGAGUCUCAAAAGCAGGUUUCUUUGGGUUAAGAGACUCAUACAGUCAAGAACAAAUCCAACUUCAAAUUCAAAUCAAAGGCAUAGUGCAAACUCAGAGAAACAUUCUACAAAAACUACAGAUCACUCACAUAUCAAAGCUCAAAAUACAACUAAUGAAGCACAACAAAUUCCAAGUAAUGGUACAAACUCAAAUCAACUACAACAAGAUGCUAUCAUAAACGGUCUUGACCAACAGCCUGAACAAGAGGAAAUAAACCACGAAGAGGAAUUUCAUGAGGAAAACGUGCCGCCACAGAGAUUUCAACAAUUAGUUCCAAGGUUUGAUCUGGGACCUCAAGAAGCUGAUGAUAGUUUUGAUCCAUCUAUCAAUCACUCAUUAAAAGCUUCAUCAAAAACACCAUCAUUAGCGCAUGAAAGUAUCAAUACAAGAGCUGAUAACAUUAGUACUCUGCCUGUUAUUUCAAUGUCAACAGCAUCAGUUAGAUCAUCUACAUUUUCAGAACAUUCACGUACAUCAACAUCUGGAACCAUAUUAUCAGAGCAUCCUACUGUUUACACAAACUCAAGUACAAUUGGUAUUCCACCAGCUAAAAGGAUGAGGGCAAUUAACGCUGGUACAAUUGCAUUGGUUGCUUUGCUAUUUAAUCUCUUAUUAGUCAAAGCGGCUAAACCUAUUGAACAAGAACAGGUGUUGAAACCGCGUAUGUUUGGUGAUGAUAAACAUAUGUAUGUGAAUCCAAAUGAAGAUGAAGAAGAUGGUGAUGACGAUGAUGAUAUCAAUUACUUCAGUCCUGGUAGAUUGCAACAUGUUUGGCAAGCUGCUUAUGCUAAAGCUCGUGAUGUUGUUAGUGAAAUGACUGUUUUGGAAAAGGUGAAUUUAACAACAGGUAUUGGUUGGGGUUCAGGUCCUUGUAUAGGUAACACAGGUUCCGUUCCAAGAUUAGAUAUACCAAACUUGUGUCUUCAAGAUGGUCCAAAUGGUGUUAGAUUCACAGAUUUUGUUACCAGUUUCCCAUCAGGAUUAGCUACAGGUGCAACUUUCAACAGAGAUUUGAUGUACCGUAGAGCUAAAGCUAUUGGUAGAGAAGCAAAGGCAAAAGGUGUCCACAUUUUAUUAGCUCCAGUUAUUGGUCCAAUUGGAUAUAAAGCACAAGGUGGUAGAAACUGGGAAAGUUUUGGUUCUGAUCCUUAUCUUCAAGGUGUUGCAGGUGCUUUGACUGUUCAAGGUAUUCAAGAAGAAGGUGUUGUCGCGGUUGCACGUCAUUUCAUUGGCUACGAACAAGAGCAUUUCCGUCAAGAAAACGAAUGGACUGGUGGUGAUUGGGAUAGAUUAACAGAUUCUAUUGAUUCACAGAUCAAAGAUCGUGUUCUUCAUGAAACCUAUAUGUGGCCUUGGGCUGAUGUUGUGCAUGCUGGUGUUGGUGGUAUCAUGUGCUCUUAUAACAGAGUUAAUGGUACUUAUGCUUGUGAAAACUCAUAUUUGAUCAAUUAUCUUUUGAAGGAAGAAUUGGGAUUCCAAGGAUUUGUGGUUAGUGACUGGGGUGCUCAACAUUCAGGUGUUGAAUCAGCACUCGCAGGGUUAGAUAUGACUAUGCCUGGUGAAAUUUUUGGAGAUUGGUGUAGCGGUAAAUCAUAUUGGGGCCCAUUGUUAACAAGAUCAAUUUAUAAUGAUACCAUCCCACAAUCUAGAUUGAAUGAUAUGGUUACAAGAUUGUUAGCUGCUUUUUACUCCAUUGAUGUCAAAUUACCAAGUGCACAACGUGAAGAAGAUUCACCAAACUUUAGCUCGUGGAGUUUCCAUACCUAUGAUCAAGAAUUUCCAUUCCAAAGUUAUGGUCCAAUUAAACAAACUAAUUAUCAUAUUGAUGCUAGAGAUGACUUUACAGAAAAAACUGCACUUCAAGUUGCACGUGAAGGUAUUGUUCUUUUGAAAAAUGAUGGCCACCAUCUUCCAAUUUGCGUUCAUGAUGGUGUUAGAAGAUUAUUAGUUGCUGGUGUUGGUGCAGGUCCAGAUCCUAAGGGCUUUAAUUCAAAAGACCAACAAUCCGCCGAUGGUGCUUUGUUUAGUGGUUGGGGUUCAGCAAGUGUCAACGCACCUUAUGGAAUUACACCUUAUGAAGCUAUAGCCAAAAAAGCCAGAGAACGUGAUAUGGUGAUUGAUUAUACAAGUGAUGAAUAUGACUUGGAUCAUGUUGAUGAUAUUGCUGAAUAUGCAGAUAUUUGUCUUGUAUUUGGAUUUGCUGAUUCUGGUGAGGGUUAUAUUGAAGUUGAUGGUAAUUAUGGUGAUCGUAAAAACGUUACUUUAUGGCAAAACACAGAGGAGUUGAUUUUACAUGUUGCCAACAGAUGUCAUAAGACUGUUGUUGUUAUUACCGCUACUGGACCUGUUGAUUUGGAGCGCUUUGUGGAUCAUGAAAAUGUCGUUGGUGUUCUUUAUAGUCCACCAUUAGGUCAAUUCUUUGGCGCUGCUAUUGCUGAUGUUUUGUUUGGUGAUGAAAAUCCAAGUGGUAGAUUACCAUUCACCAUUGCAAGAAAACCAGAACAAUAUGUUGAUAUCAUUGACAAGAUCCCAUUGAAAGGUAAACCGGAAGAUGAUUUGAACAGACUUUUAGAUUAUAGAUAUUUUGAUGAGAAUGGAAUAAGACCUCGUUACGAAUUUGGUUAUGGUUUAUCUUAUACCAAGUUUUCAUUAUCAGACCUUUCCAUUAAAGAAAUUUUACCACCAACCACCGAUUUACCAUGUCCUGCACCAUACUUGGAUGAAUAUGUUUAUGCAGAAGAAAAAUUAAAAGAUGUUGAUGAUGCAUUAUUCCCAUUCAAAGAUUUCACACCAGUUCCUGGUUUCAUUUAUCCUUACUUAUUUAAUGAAAAGAUUUAUAGUGUUGAUGAAUAUGAAUAUCCUGAAGGUUAUACCGAAGAAGAUUACUAUGAAGAACCAAUAGCUGGAGGUGCAUUAGGUGGCAAUGAAGCAUUAUGGAAUAUUUUAUACUCUGUUAAAGUUUCUGUAACUAAUAUUGGUGAUACAGAAGGUGCUUAUGUUGCCCAGCUUUAUAUUGAUUAUCCAAACAAGAAUGGUAACAAAACACCUAGACAAUUGAGAGGUUUUGAUAAGGUUUACGUCAAACCAGGUGAAACUCAAAAAGUUCAUUUCGAUAUUCUUAGAAGAGAUAUCAGUGUCUGGGAUACAGAAGAUCAAAGUUGGAUCAUUCAACCUGGUACUUACAAAUUGUACGUUGGUUCAAGUAGUAGAAGGUUAGAAUUAGCUGGUGAAGUUGAAAUUUUGUGA